AUGACCAAGGAUACUCAUAGGAAUGUGAUGGGAAACGGCCUUCGCGCGGUCCUCCCACCCGAUCAAAAGCAUUGGUGGCAAGUACCGCAUUUGAUCAAGCUGAACUGCUUGAUCGGCGGUCUGCUGCUUUUUUCUAGCACGGUGGGCUAUGACAGCUCGCUGAUGACUGGUUUGCAGUCCUUGUCGUCAUGGGUAGACUUCAUGGAAACGCCCUCGGGGGCCUGGCUUGGAUUUAUCAGCGCUAUACAGUCCCUGGGGUCGAUGCUGGGUUUACCUAUUCAAGCCUGGGGAGCCAACAAGUUUGGCCGCAAGCCGUGCGUGUUGGUGGGCUAUUUCUUCCUCUUUCUCGGCGUUGGUAUUCAAGUUGGCGCGCAUAGUCCAGCAAUGUUUAUUGCGUCUCGUUUCUUUAUCGGGAUCGCCGGCGGCUGGUUCCAAGCUGCCAUCAUCCUCCUCGCCGAGAUUGCCUACCCCACGCACCGUUCCAGACUCACUGCGAUGUACCAUUGCCAAUACUACAUUGGCUCCACACUCUCCGCGUGGCUGGUGUUUGGUUGCCGGAACAUAAAUUCGAUGUGGGCGUGGAAAGUCCCCUCCUUGUGUCAGAUUGUAUUUCCCUUGCUGGCACUCCCUGUGGUAGUCCUGUGUCCCGAGUCCCCCCGCUGGAUGAUCAGUCAAGACCGCCACGAAGAGGCCCGCUCUUUUCUCGUCAAGUACCAUGCGGGUGGGGAUGAGGCUGCACCACUCGUUGCCUUUCAAAUGGAUGAAAUUACCAGAUCGAUCAUCAUGGAACGGGAAAGCAAGAAUUCCACAUCCUGGCUCGAUAUGCUUCGGACCAAGGGUAAUCGGCACCGAUUGUUUAUCAGUCUUACCCUAGGAACUUUUGCCCAGUGGAAUGGAAUUGGCAUCGUCUCCUACUACCUCACCCUUAUCCUCAAGACAAUCGGCAUCACUUCGGUCACGCAACAAACUCUCAUCAAUGGAUUCCUUCAGGUGUGGAAUCUUGUCAUGGCCGUGGUUGGCUCUAUGCUGGUCGACGUCGCCGGGCGUCGCACACUCUUCCUAUUGUCCACCUGCAUCAUGCUUGUGAGCUACAUUAUCAUUACAGGCCUCUCAGCGACCUUUGCCCACAGUCAUGUGAGUAGCGUUGGCACCGCAGUGAUCCCCUUCCUCUUUCUCUAUUACGGCGGCUACGACAUCGCCUUUACACCCCUAGUCAUGGCAUAUCCUGCGGAAAUCUGGCCGUUCGCACUACGCGCCAAGGGUGUCGCUUUGACUUCGGUCAGCACAUAUCUGGCCUUGCUCUUCAAUCAGUUUGUCAAUCCCAUCGCACUGGACUCCAUUGCCUGGAAAUAUUACAUCAUAUAUAUCUGUCUGCUGCUGGUUAUUAUGGGUACCAUCUACUUCACAUAUCCUGAGACCCGGGGAUACUCACUCGAGGAGAUUGCGGUUGUUUUCGACGGCGACGAUGCCAGCAUGACGGCUGUGGCGGAAUUGCGGAAGGAGGCUGAAUCGAACAAGAAGGAGAUAGAACAUGUGGAAAGCUCCCCAAAGGGUAUUUAA